GAAAUGACACGCCGCGAGCCAAUGAUAGAGCAGAGAAGCUGCGUUUGAGUGAGAGCCGUUAGCUCGCGCGCGUACAUUCAAACAUCAGUUUUGUUGUCUGCAAACUGGAGCUCGUGGGACAAGACAGGAAUCGCGACAUUGGGACUAUGGACGCGCCGACUUUAUCCGAACUGGAGGGUCUGCGCUACUCGGAACUGCAGAAGCUGGCCAAGACUGCGGGGCUCAAGGCCAACCUCAAGGCUGAUAAACUGCUCAAGGCUUUAAAAGUGCAUUUUUACCCAGAGAGCAAAGAUGAGAGUCCGGAUUCAGAUGGAUGCACUUCACUCACUGAUACUGAUGAACUAAACAGUAGCCAGGAGAAGGAAGAGCCAGUCUCUGUAUCUUUUGUUACUCAUAGACGAGGCAGGGGUCGGAAGCCAUUACAAAACCAGGCCAUCCCAAAAGAUGAAUUCCUCUCUGACAGUGCAGGGGUUGGCUCAGAGAGUCUGGCUUCAGAGAUAGACAACACCCAGGACAAGGACUGUCUGGAAUCAAAGAAAAAAGAAGUGAGCCUCCCCAUUUUAGACAAUAAGCAUAAGAAAAGGAGCAGAUCACAAGACACAAGCAAGCAGAACAACUCAGAGACAACCGAGAAACGGCAAAAGAAAGCCAGCAAUGUUAGCAGCAUACCUUCAGCUGGGAAGAUUCCAAAAUAUGUCGGUCGUCUGUCUAAACCUGGAUCAAAGCCUUCCACUCCCAAUUUCAAAAAGUUGCAUGAAGCUCACUUCAAGAAAAUGGAAUCUAUAGACAAGUUCAUGGAGAGGAAGCAGAAGCGCUUGGAUGCAGUUAGCAGCUCAAUCCAGGAAGUGAAGAUGUUAACAAAAAAAUCCAACCUUCUCAAGUUAGUGGAGAAAACACCUGUCAGCGAUAUAAAGAAGCCAGUAAAGAGCCGGCUAUCAUUACUGAGCCCUCUGCCUCGGACCACUGGUGCAUCUCCUUCUCGGACACCCAUGAGCCGGAGGCGUUCUGGACGCUUUAGCACUGCCAAUAAGAGCAUCCUGGUUGAUAGAUCUGGGUUCAAGCCUUCAGUUCUUUCGUCAUCCAAAAUGAACGUUCGGUUUUCAGAGGCUACAAAAGAUAAUGAAUAUAAACGCUCUCUUAUCAAGACUCCUGCCAGGAAGUCAUCAAGCUUUCUGCCCAUCACCCCUAAGAGUGAACCAAGGCAAACGUUGUCCUCUAUAAAAAAGACUGAUCUGUUGAUCUCUCCAGAGAAAGCUAAAAAGCCAGAUCAUAACACCACAAUCCAACCGUCUCCAGCUAUCACAGAGAGCACCUGUCAGCAAAAUAAAGCUAAUACACCUUUCAAGUUUAUGGCUCAAAAUACAGAGACACCGAACACGAAUAAAAAGGGUUCAUUUGAUCUGCAGGCGAGUCUCUCCCGUCCACUUGGAUACCAGCCCCACAGAGGAAAACUUAAACCUUGGGGUGAGAGUAAAGAAAAUAAAUCUGGCUCCAACAGCAAUGUAUCUGUUUUGAAGAAUAACUUCAAGCAACCCCAACUCCAGACCAGAGAGGAGAGACGCAAGCAGCAUCAACUGGAUAGAAAGGGCAAGAGGGACCAGGCACUGGGAACAAGGAGAGGCGUUCCUGUAAAGUAGAAAAGCCAGCGCUUUUUUUAACGAGUCUUGUAAAUACUCUGCUUUUCUUUCCAAUUUUUUUUUAACGAGUUUUGUAAAUAUUUUUGUAAAACUUGCAAA